AUGAUACAAAUUAUACAAACCACCAAGGAUACAAAUCAGACAAAUCCACCAAUGAUACAAAUCAGACAAACCACCAAGGAUACAAAUCAGACAAAACCAUCAAGGAUACACAAACCACCAAGCAUACAAAUCAGACAAAACCAUCAAGAAUACAAAUCAGACAAGACCACCAAGCAUACAAAUCAGACAAACCACCAAGGAUACAAAUCAGACAAAAAUGCAUGCAAGGGUACAAAUCAGACAAAAACACAUGCAAGGGUACAAAUCAGACAAAACCACCAAGGAUACAAAUCAGACAAAACCACCAAGAAUACAAAUCAGACAGACCACCAAGGAUUCAAAUCAUACAAGACCACUAAGGAUACAAAUCAGACAAAACCACCAAGGAUACAAAUCAAACAAACCACCAAGGAUUCAAAUCAUACAAGACCACCAAGAAUACAAAACCACCAAGAAUACAAAUCAGAAAAAAUCACCAAUAAUAAAAACCAAACGAAACCACCAAGAAUACAAAUCAGAAAAAAUCACCAAGAAUACAAAUCAGACAAACCACCAAGGAUACAAAUCAGACAAACCACCAAGGAUACAAAUCAGACAAACCACCAAGGAUACAAAUCAGACAAACCACCAAGGAUACAAAUCAGACAAACCACCAAGGAUACAAAUCAGACAAACCAUCAAGGAUACAAAUCAGACAAAAACACUUGCAAGGGUACAAAUCAGACAAAACCACCAAGGAUACAAAUCAAACAAACCACCAAGGAUUCAAAUCAUACAAACCACCAAGGAUACAAAUCAGACGAACUACCAUUGAUACAAAUCAGACAAAACCACCAAGAACACAAAUCAAACAAACCACCAAGGAUACAAAUCAGACAAGAUCACCAAGGAUACAAAUCAAAUCACAUGCAAGGGUACAAAUCAGACAAAACCACCAAGGAUACAAAUCAGACAAAACCACCAAGGAUACAAAUCAGACAAAACCACAUGCAAGGGUACAAAUCAGACAAAAACACAUGCAAGGACAAAACCACCAAGGAUACAAAUCAGACAAAUCACCAAGAAUACAAAAUCAGACAAACCACCAAGGAUACAAAUUAUACAAAACCAAAGGAUACAAAUCAGACAAAACCACCAAGGAUACAAAUCAGUCAAAACCACCAAGGAUAUAAAUCAGACAAAACACCAAGGAUACAAAUCAGACAAAACCACAUGCAAGGGUACAAAAGAGACAAGACCAACAAGGAUUCAAAUCUGACAAACCUACAAGGAUACAACUCAAACAAACACCAAGGAUACAAAUCAGACAAACCACCAAGAAUACAAAUCAGACAAACCACCAAGGAUACAAAUCAGACGAACUACCAUUGA